AUCAAAUCCGGACGUAGGGGAAUUUGAAAAGGAACGACACAAAAGACUGUGAUGCUAUCACUCUCUUUAAUUUUUUGAUUUUUUUCCCAAAAGUCUUUCUCUCUCUAUCGCACUCACCGCUACCGCCGACUUCGUAACGGUUAGCCGUCGUAUUUUGGCGGCGCCGAUUUUACCGUUCGCCGGCGAUCUUCUCCGAAACUCAUUUAUUAUUUCCUUGAAAUCCUCUAAAAGUAUUUGCUUCCGUGGUUUGGAUUAACUCUCAUUUCCGAUUUUAAUAAAGCUGUGUUUUGUUUGCUUCGUCUUAUUGAAAAUAAUCUUUGUAAGUUCAUUAAGGAAAGAAGUAAAGAGAGGAGGAGAAACUUCAGGAAGUAAACAAAAUGAUUGGAUCCUUUCUUACCAGAGGACUUGUGAUGGUUUUUGGCUAUGCUUAUCCGGCAUAUGAAUGUUACAAAACUGUUGAGCUGAAUAAGCCUGAGAUUGAGCAACUGCGCUUUUGGUGCCAGUAUUGGAUAUUGGUGGCUGUUUUGACAGUUUGUGAGAGAAUUGGUGAUGCUUUUAUUUCAUGGGUUCCAAUGUACAGUGAAGCUAAGUUGGCAUUCUUUAUAUAUCUCUGGUACCCUAAAACAAGGGGAACUUCUUAUGUGUAUGAUUCCUUCUUCAGACCAUAUGUUGCAAAGCAUGAAAAUGAAAUUGACCGGAACUUGUUGGAACUAAGGACUAGAGCUGGAGAUAUGGCAGUUCUUUACUGGCAAAGAGCUGCAAGCUAUGGUCAGACAAGAAUUUUUGAGAUCCUACAGUAUGUUGCUUCACAGUCAACACCAAGACCUCACCAUGCUCAGGCUCAAGGUCCUAGGACCCGCCAACCCUCUGGUGUCCCAAACCGUCAAUCAUCUACUAAAACACAAGCAGCCCAACCAGAGACCGAAGAACCACCUUCACCGACAUCUAGCACAUCUUCAAGUCAACACCAAAAGGAAGUAGCUGAAGAGGUAGGACCUUCAAAGGUGCCUUCUCAGGUGGCUAAACCAGGUAGCCCUUCAGCAUCCUCAAAUAGCCAAAAAGCAGAUACUGCAUCUGAAAGUACCAGCCAGCCUGCAGAACCUGAAGCAGAAGCAAUGCAAGUUGAACCAGUACCACCUUCUUCAGAGAAUGAAAGCACAAACCCUCCUCCAAAAGAGACUCUCAUGGAAGAAAGCAUUCGACUCACACGCGGUAGGUUGAGGAAAGCCCGUUCUACAGCCCGUUAAAAUAAUGGCUUUAACUCCUUUUUUCUUUUCUUUUUAGCUUACAGAACUAGCACUUCAUUCAGUAGGUGUAUAAUGGUAUUGAAUCAUUGUUGUUUGAACGUUGAUGUAAAUUUCCUGUCUUCAAGUUUAUAUUUCAUUUGUUGCUUUAUUUUUUCAAACGUGGGGAAGAUCCUGGGUCCUUGGGGCCAACUGAUUCAACCCUCAUCUGUGCAUUUGGUCCCAAAAGAUAUGUGACUGAAAAAGCAUAGAUGAUAAUGUGAUUUCCACCCUAGCGUGGCCUUUGGCCUCUGUCUGUUGUGGAAAUUGUGCUUUGGAUGGACCAAUGAUAUAAAGUUCAUCUUACAUCCA